UACUCCUCCACCGCGCCCCCAGCAGUGAUCCCAUUCCCGCUCUCUCCCUGCAGGUUGCUUUCUCGGGUUUCUUGCAGCAGACAUGAUGGAGGUGAAAACACAGCUCUGAUUGUUUUCCUGAAUCCAGGAGGGACACACCUCCUCCUCCCCCCUCCUCUACGGGGGUCACAUCAGCCCCCUGCCCGGCUCCAGAGCAGGCUGCAGCCACAUCCCACAUCACCCCUCCUCCUUGUUUCGUCCUCUUCCUCCUCCACCCUUCCUCCCUCCUCCUCCUCCUCCUCGGCGCUGACAGAGGAGCGUCGCCGCGUCUCUGCUGGAUGUUCCCCGACUGCUCUCUGCUUUUCUCGGCGCUGUUUGGAGCUGUUAAACCCAAACAGAGGAAGGUUUUCUCCAGUCAUGCAGAAGGUGGAGGGACGGGCAACCCCAGUCAACCUGCCUUCCUCCAGGGGGCCCAGCACGCCAGGGUCUCCAGCCACCGGCAUCACGGCCCGGGUCAAUGACCAGCUGGUGGGGUACAGAGACCUGGCCGCUCUGCCCAGAGAUAAGGCCAUCCUGCAGGUGGAGAGACCUGACCUGAUGACCUACCAACCUCACCUGAGCUUCUCCCCGCUGGACCAGCCACGCAGAGAGAGGUCUCUGUCUCCUCCUCCCUCCUCUCCUCCCAGAUCUCCAGAGCUGAAGCCACGCAGAGCAGAAAGUGAGAGCGGUUCCCCCGGAGGAUCGACGCUGCAACUGCAGGCCGGACGUAAAAUCAGCACCAGCCAGCAGCACUUCCACCGGCCAGAUAACGGCUCAAACAUCUACAGGAAACCUCCGAUCUACAAACAAGGUGAUCCCUGCUUCAUGUUUGAAUCAGUGUCAGAGGUUUUAACCCUGGUUCUCCCUUCUAAAAAUCUCCGUGCCGUUUCUCUCUCCACAGAUCUGAACAAACAUGAAGGACACAACGUCAUCCAGUCGGCCAAGUUUCCUGCGGCUCAGCCUCCAGACCCCAACCAGCCGUCAAAGAUAGAGACGGAGUACUGGCCGUGCCCGCCCUCGCUCGCCUCUGUGGAGAUCGAGUGGAGGAAGAAGAAGCUGCAGGAGGAAGACGAGUUUGAAGACCUGACAGACGAGGUGAAGACGAUACAGGAGCAGGAGCUGGAGAAGAUCAAGUCUAACCUGGGCCGUCUGAUCCUGAAGGAGGAGAAGGAGAAGGCGGUCCACUUUAGGAGGAAGACACAGUCUCUGCCCGACAGAACGCACCUGCACACGAGUCUGUCAGCGAGUGCUUCAAAGUCUCCAUCACACUCGGGCUCAGGACUGACCAGAAUGCAGUCUGCAGAGUUUUCCACAGACGGAGACAAAGGACGGCCAGCGGCUCAGAAUGGAGAGUCUCGGAGGGACAGGAUGGACCGGGGCAACUCUCUGCCGAGUAUUCUGGAGCAGAAGAUCUAUCCCUAUGAAGCUCUGAUUGUGACCCACAGAGGGCGCUGCAAGCUGCCACCAGGAGUCGACCGCACUCGCCUGGAGAGACAUCUCUCUCCGGAGCAGUUCGAGCAGGUGUUCGGGAUGCCGAUGGCCGAGUUCGACCGCCUCUCUCUGUGGAGACGAAACGAACUGAAGAAGAGAGCCUCGCUUUUCUAACAGGAAGUGACCUCAAGCAUCUGAAAUACUUGAUGAACCAUCAGAAAACGAAGCGAUUCAUCAAACGUGUCGGCCAUCUAUCUUACUAACCAAUCACGUCCCUGGAUGUGUGCUGGCCCCGUCCCUCCCCGCCCCCCUCCCUGAGGAUCAGAGUUAACUGAAGGCUGGCCCGGAUUAACCCUUUACUCUGACUAACUCGAUGCACUGACACUCAUAUUACCUGUGCUGCACUUAUAAUCACCACUGCUUGCAAAUCAGCCUCGUUACGUGUCCACGCCUCAUCCCGCCAUCGUCAUCAUCAUCAUCAUAGUCAUCAUCAUCAUCACCAUCAUCUUCAUCAUAUCUGUGCUUUAGUUUCACUGAGCUCCAGAGGGCUGAAUCACGACGUCUGCAGGUAUCUCGCCAUGUAUCAUGAAGUUGGUUGACCUUUAACGCUGACAGAUCACCAGGGGCUGCAUUCAAAACCACCUUCUUCAAACCAAGGGGGGUCAGUAAAAUCAUGGUCCGGUGUAAGGUCAGGCCAUAUUUUGUUUAAUAACCUGAAAAAUUCCUGAAUUUUUCAAGCUGUAAACCCUUUUGUUAAAACAGAGUUGCCUUUUUAAAGGAAAUGUUAACGAUGUGGACAGGCACACAGAACUGAACCGUAUGGAGAGGGAAGGCAGACGUCAGGAAAAUAACGUAGAAGAACUGAAACAGGUUUGGUGGAAAAAUAAAUGAUUGUGAAAAGACGCAAAAACGGACAACAAAUGGCGAAAAUGGUUACAAGCUGUAAAAAAUGGUGAAACUUGGUUUAUUUGGCAAAAAACGCUGCAAGAAUUGGGUUACGAGUUGGAAAAAAGGCUAAAGGAGGUUUAAAGUGGCAAAAAAAAGCAAACAAGAUUAAACGGGCAAAUGGUUGUUAAAUAUGGAAUAACAGUGGUGAGGGUGGUGAAAGGUUAAAAGUAGCAGAAAUGUGUCAAAAAAGGUACAAACUUGGUAAAAUUUGGUAUAAAGUGGCAAAACUGCGGUGAAGAUAGGUUAAAAAUGGCAAAAAAGUUAUUAAAAAAGGUGAAAAUGGAUCAUAAGUGGAAAAAACUUGGUUUAAUUGGGCUUAAAGUAACACAAAAGUGUUGAAAAUUUGUAAAAACAAGUGGAAAAACUGGCAAAUAUUUGUUAAAAGUGGCAAAACUGGUAAAAAUGGGUUAAAAGUGUCAGAAAUAGAAAAAAAACAACAAUAGGGUUAAAGUGUCAAAAAUUAGCAAACUGGGUUAAAAGUGGCAAAUUGGAUUAUACAUGGGCAAAGAGUGGAAAAGAUGUUAAAGCAGCCGGAUUAAGCAAAGCCAACAUCAGACCCAGUCAUAGUCUGACUCACACCUUCCAGAAAGUUCCUCUUCUGUCUGGUCAGUCCUCAGAAUAUUUCCCAGAAGUCUCGGGGAUCAUCAGGAUGUUUUCAGUCAAAUGUGAGACGAGCCUUUGUGUUCUUUCUUUGU